CCAGCUCACAGGCAGCGAAGAGCAAUGUUUUCAUGCCUACUGCCGACUUGCGCUAGUCACUCUGCCAUGGCGUCUGUAAUGUCGCUGAUUAAGGAGGGGACAUCGUAGCAUCUCCUUUUUAUAUCGCUUUGGUGAACGGUAUAUUGUGCAUUUUGCUACUCCUGGUUUGAAUUUAACAAAAUUUCCCACUGAACCGGCCAUGACCGUGGAGCAGAAUGUCCUCCAGCAGCAUUCUCAGAAGCACCAGCAGACACUACUGAACCAGUUGAGGGAGGUCACAGGCACCACAGAUGUACAGUUGCUUCAGCAGGCCCUGCAGGUGAGUAAUGGAGACCUGGGUGAAGCCGUGGCCUUUCUGACAGAGAAGAAUGCCAAGGUUCCUCAACAAGAUGAGACGACUUACUACCAGACGUCCCAGGUGGCCAGCGACAGAUACAUCAGCGUGGGCAGCCAGGCAGACACGAACGUGAUUGACCUGACUGGAGAUGAUAAAGAUGACUUGCAGAGGGCCAUUGCCCUCAGCUUGGAGGAAUCCAACCGGGCAUUCAGGGAGACGGGCAUCACUGAUGAAGAGCAGGCCAUCAGCAGAGUUUUGGAGGCCAGUAUAGCAGAAAACAAAGCGAGUCUGAAGCGCACUCACACAGAGGUAUGGAGCGAUUCACCCAACCCACACGACAGGAAGAGGAUAGACAACUGCCCCGUGGGUCUGAAAAAUGUCGGCAAUACCUGCUGGUUCAGCGCGGUCAUUCAGUCUCUGUUCAACUUGCUCGAGUUCCAGAGGCUGGUGCUCAAUUACUCACCGCCAGCCAGAGUCCACGACCUGCCUCGUAAUCAAAAGGAGCACAGGAACCUGCCCUUCAUGCAGGAGCUGAGGAACCUUUUCUCUCUCAUGGUGGGCUCCAAGAGGAAAUAUGUAGAUCCAUCACGAGCUGUGGAAAUCCUCAAAGAUGCCUUUAAGUCGAGUGAGUCACAGCAGCAGGAUGUUAGUGAGUUCACCCACAAGCUGCUGGACUGGUUGGAGGAUGCCUUCCAGAUGAAGGCAGAAGAAGACAGGGAGGGUGAGAAGCCAAAGAACCCGAUGGUGGAACUUUUCUAUGGUCGUUUCCUUGCUGUGGGGGUCCAUGAAGGUAAAAAAUUUGAAAACACAGAGAUGUUUGGACAGUACCCCUUGCAGGUCAAUGGGUUCAAGGACCUACACGAGUGUCUUGAGGCCGCAAUGAUCGAGGGUGAGAUCGAGUCCCUGCACUCAGCAGAGAAUUCUGCCAGGUCUGGACAAGAACAUUGGUUCACAGAACUCCCUCCUGUGUUGACCUUUGAACUGUCAAGAUUUGAGUUCAACCAAGCACUCGGACGUCCUGAGAAGAUUCACAACAAGCUUGAGUUCCCCUCUAUGCUCUACAUGGAUAGGUACAUGGACAGGAACAGGGAAAUAACCAGGAUCAAGAGGGAGGAGAUCAGACGGCUGAAAGAGCAUCUGACACUCCUCCAACAGCGACUGGAGAGGUAUCUGAGUUACGGCUCAGGCCCCAAGAGGUUUCCUCUGGCAGAUGUCCUCCAGUAUGCCAUGGAGUUUGCUUCCAGCAAACCAGUGUGUACCUCCCCAGUGGACGAUAUUGACACAUCAGCACCCCCUGGUGGAACAACAGGACAACAACUGCCACCACCAAGCACAGCUGAGCAGGACUCCUUACCUCCUCUGGAGAGCUCGGGCCUUGCGUCAGGUCCUGCCGCUGCUCCCUCUGCAGCCCAGCAGCAGAGAGUACCCAUUCAUAAGCCCUUCACGCAGUCCCGUCUACCCCCCGACCUCCCCAUGCACCCCGCCCCGCGCCACAUCACCGAAGAAGAGUUAAGAGUGCUCGAGGGCUGCUUGCACCGUUGGAGGAGCGAAGUGGAAAAUGACACUCGUGAUCUGCAGGGGAGUAUUACGAGAAUUCACAGAACCAUUGAGCUGAUGUACUCGGACAAAUCUAUGAUGCAGGUUCCAUAUCGGCUUCACGCAGUGUUGGUCCAUGAAGGCCAGGCCAAUGCAGGCCACUACUGGGCUUACAUCUAUGACCCACAUCAGCGUUGCUGGAUGAAGUACAAUGAUAUUUCAGUGACAAAGUCAUCCUGGGAGGAGCUUGUCAGGGACUCUUUUGGAGGCUACCGCAAUGCUAGUGCCUACUGUCUCAUGUACAUCAAUGAUAAGAAGCCAUUUCUCACAGAAGAGGAGUUUGACAAGGAAACGGGGCAGAUCCUCAGCGGCAUGGACAAACUGCCGCCAGACCUGAAGCAGUAUGUGAAGGAGGAUAAUGAACAGUUUGAUAAGGAGAUUGAAGAGUGGGACAUCAUGCAGGCUCGCAAGGCCCAACAGGAGAAGCUGGCACUGGCCACAGCAGCAGCAGCCGCCGAUCCUGAAUACAUGGAGCAGCCAUCACCCACGAACGACUCCAAGCACCUGCAGGAGGACACAGAGAGGGCCAUCUCCAGGGCUGCUGCUGAACAGGAGGAGAGGAGCCCUGAAGCGUUACUAAAUGCUGCCAUCAAGAUGGAGUAUGCACGUCUCUUGAGAUUUGCCCAAGAAGACACGCCGGUUGAGAACGACUACCGACUGCAGCACAUCAUCGUUUACUUCAUCCAAAACCAGGCACCCAAGAAGAUUCUGGAGAGGACUCUGCUCACACAGUUUGCUGACAGGAACCUGGCCUUCGAUGAGAGAUGUAAGAGCAUUAUGAAUGUGGCACGUGCCAAACUGGACCUGAUUAAACCCGAGGAGGUCAACAUGGACGAAUACGAGAUAUGGCAUCAGGACUACAGGAACUUUCGUGAAACCACCAUCCUCAUGGUGACCGGUUUGGAGCUCUUCCAGAAGACCAAUUAUGUGGAGGCUCUCAUGUAUCUGAUUUACGCCUACCAGUACAACAAGGAGCUUUUGUUAAAAGGCCUGUACAGAGGGCACGACGAGGAGCUGCUCGGCCAUUACCGUCGAGAGUGUUUGCUGAAACUAAAUGAGCAAGCGGCCGCCAUGUUUGAGUCGGGAGAAGAGCCUGAGGUGACCACAGGCCUGGGCAUCAUGAAUGAGCUGGUGGUGUCCUGCAUCCCUCUGCUGCUGGUCCACGACGCAGAGAGAGACCUGUUGGCGGUGGAGGACAUGAGGAACCGCUGGUGCUCCUACCUGGGCCAAGAGAUGGAAUCUAACCUCCAGGAGAAGCUGACAGACUUCCUCCCAAAGUUGCUGGACUGCUCAACGGAGAUCAAAAGCUUCCACGACCCUCCCAAGCUGCCCACCUACUCCACCCUGGAGCUGUGUGAACGGUUCAGCCGCAUCAUGGCCGCCCUCGGCAGGGUGCCCACCGAGGGAAGAUGAGCUCAGAGGGGUCGCCGAGGUGCCUCUCCCUCAUCGCAGGCCCGACACGCCGGGCAGAAAUUCAUGGACCUCUCUUUAACCCAUGCCUUCCUUAUCAAUCCAGGGGUCACUCGCUUCUAGCUGUUAUUCCUCUGUUACUCUUUUGCUGCUAUAGGUUUUAUCAUUAUAAAUAUUAUUUCACUUUUAUUUUAAGCAAAACACGAUAGAGGGCUGUGGAGGACAGACUGCUGGGAGGGGGAAACGUAUGUGAGAGAAGAAGUUGAUGGAUAAACGGUGGCGAUCCUGAAGGGGUUGAAAGCGAAACAUGUUCUGCUUCCGCUUAGCAAAAACGAAACAUACACACAAAAAGUUUGAGGGUUUUUCCUAGUUUAUUAUUGUUGUUGUUGCCGUUUGAUUCAAGCUUCCCCGAACGCACUCAUAGCCCUUUCUAACGCACCCGUCUCAGUGUGAAAAGGAUCACCCUGCCGCUCCGCCUCCAGUUUGGUACAGUAUUUCCACGUUUUGUUUUAUUUUUCUAAGGAAGUCAGAGCGAGGAAGAGAGCCUUCAGAUUUAUCAGCGGCUCAAGAGGAUCUCAAAUGGGUCUCAUGUCUUUGUGGACUGCGCCAGAAUGAGAUGUUUUAAGUGCUGUGGUAGACGGUCAUGGACUUCCUGUGGCUUGUUAAUAAAUUGAGAGAAUAAAAUUUUAUUUAUGGCCCUUUUAGGCCACAUAAA